GUUCAUCGGCCGUCUCCAUUUAAAGCGAUGUCCCUGCCACGCACGCUUAGUUUUCCACCCAGGAUCGUCCCAGCGUUGCACACCCUGCUACAUCACACGCAAUGGGCCGGUGGACUCCUUGUUUGGUGAUUCUGGCCUUGGCGUGGUUAGGCCUAGCGGCAGCGUACUGUCCUGACGCGGCCAGCCUGAGGCCAUGCACUUGUGACCAUUCCGGGAUCAACUGCAUGCGCGCCAACAGCACGGCUCAGCUGAGACGGGCCUUCGGGAGCGGUAACGCGACGACCCGAGAACACAACGAGCUGUGGAUUCAGAAGACUCCCAUCACGUCCUUCCCGAGCGACGUGCUUGGAAACUUCAAGUUCUACGAGGUCCACUUGGAGCGCAACGCCAACCUCAGCUCCUUCACGUUGGAUGCUUUGGAGAACUUCAAGCAGCUCCUAAGUGUUCUAAGCGUGUACGGGAACGCCCUGCGGACGUUCGAAUUUGAAAAGCUACAACGUUUCCCAUUCCUGGUGGCUCUCAACCUCGGCGGAAACCAGCUGUCCCGCAUCCCGGCGCACGCGUUCCACAAUCAACUUCUGGAGAAGCUCGGCAUAAUGGACAACCCAAUUACCUCCAUCGGUCGCGGGGCGUUCUCCUCCCUCAGGAGACUCAAGGUGCUCGACCUAAGCGGCACCAGACUUGUCACGCUUGGACCACACUCGCUCUCAAUACAGCGGGGACAUCCGGAGCUUAGGAUUCAACUCAACCGGGGUCAGAUCAGGACCAUUCACCCUACCGCAUUUCAUUUUUCGGCGCCCUUGGUGCUGAACCUGUCCCACAACAACCUCACUACGCUGGAACAGAGUGUCUUCGAAGAUCUAGUCAUACGCAUGUACAACAACGCCGGGCAAUUCAAUGUCAUGCCACUACUCGGCCUCGAAGGAAAUCCCUUCAGCUGCCGUGGAUGCUCCUACGAAUGGCUGACGCAGUACAGGUUCAACAGGCCGAUGCAGGCCAUUCUACACAAGUUCCGGUGUCCUGACGGUUCUGGCCUGUCCAGCAUUAGCGCUCAGAGAAUCUCCUGCCGGCCUUUGUGGAAUUUCGCGAACAUCGGCUAACUUAUUUCACCCAACCACACGCACCCUCAAAAGUAAAUUAAACAUUUCCACCAUGAUCUAUCAUGAUCAUACACAAC